AGGGGCAAAAAAUUUCUUAUUUUUUUUCUUUUGUCGUCUUGGUCGUUUUACUAGUAUAAGGUAAUUUUUCAUUUUCAUUUUUGAUUACAUUUACUGGAAAACAGUCUUCAUCUACUGCUACAUUUCAGUAGAUCUUUCUUGUGUGAAACCAACAUUAUAAAUAUGCCGAAGAAACGUAAUAGCAAGGCUUCAUUACCACCGGCUAAUAAAUUAUCACCAGAUUAUAUUGACAAAAUUAUAGUCGAAAUGGACGAAGAUAACGUUGGAAUAGAAAUGAAGAAGUUCGUUGUCUAUACUUUGGAGCGUAUGGUGAGAGUUGAAGUAUUCCGCUUUAGCAAAGAUGUACAAUCUGACACCAAUAGAUAUAAUCAUCGAGCAAUGCUAUGAUGAUUUUCCGAUGACUGCAGGUCUGAACGACAAGAUAUUGCAGUUGCUUAAAGUAAAAACAGAAAAUCUCCCCCGAGAUAAAAAAGACGUGAUUCUGGAAAUGGACGAGAUGCAGUUAGAUCCGGAAUUGAAGUAUCUUGAUAGGUUGGACUGCGUUGUUGGUUUUGAAGAUGAUGGUGAACACAAAACUCAAAAACAAGCUGAAUACGUUACUACUAUCUGGAUUCACAGCAUAGGCGGAACGUGGAUGAUGCCUCUUUGCUUCAUAUUUACCAGCGCCUCGGCCACUAUCGAACAGAUCAAACCUUUGCUGUUCAAAUCGAUUACGAAAGUGGAGGAAAUCGGCUUGGAUGUUCUGGGGCUCAUUACAAGGAUGCGAGUCAACUUUUAUGAUCUAAUGUUGCAUCUUGAAGUGUCUCCUGAGAAUCCAAAGUUCACAGUAGGCUCUAAAGAAGUAAUCUUUCUGUUCGAGGUACCCCAACUCAUGAACAUUACUCGCAAUACCUUAGAGAAAUAUAAACUUAAAUUUUACGAGUACCGAACAUCUUGGAAGCAUAUUAAAUCACUCUUUGAGAUCGAAUCUGAAACUCCUGGUCCCCAAAAGACGAAGCUCCGAAUGACACAUAUCAAACUAUCUAAAGAUGACAGAGUAGUUCCUCGUUAUUCAAUAGAAACCUUAAGUAAUUCUGUAGCUACAGAGUUGAGAGCUCACGUUAACGAAGGAAUGCUUUCCUCUGCUGCUGCUGGCACAGCAGAAUUCGUUGAAAUGUUCGAUAAACUUUUUGACCUUUUUAAUUCAAUCCAGGAGACUUCUGAAACGGAACUCACCAGUAGCUUCAAAGGAACUGAAGCACAGUGUAGGUUCAUUGACAGAGUUCUUGCGUUUUUUGAUAAUUUGAAGGUUUUCAACAAGGAAGGGAAAGAUUGCACGGGAGAAGUCAAGUUCAUGAAUGGUUGGCGCAUUACAAUUAAGGGCACGUUGCUGUUAUGGAACAUAAUGAAAGCUAAGAAUCAUCCAUACUUACUCACCCGUAAGUUGAACUGUGAAUGUUUGGACAAAUUCAAGAAUGUUUUGCUGGUUCCUAUCGCCAGUGCGAGUGGAUUGAUCUCUACACCAAGUUUUUAUUCGCUGUACUUACAAUUCUAUGUCACUUGUUAUUUUAUUAAUGAAAAAUUGCACGAUGAAAAUGAAGAGUUCAACAUCAGCCAUUAUGUGCGAAGAGUUUUUCGCAGGAUUCCUCCAAUCAGGCAUAAUAUCGGGAACACAGAAAUGAAUGCCAGCGAAUCCAAUUCAGAUAUAGAAGAUCUCAAUACUCGAUUUGGAGGUCUUAUGAGAGAACUCUUGGACCUCGGUCGAUGAGAACAGGUGGCCUUUUACCAAAUAAUGAAACAGCUUUAACUGAUGUUCCUUUUAGGAUUUCAUAUGAUGAAGUGAUAUAAGUUACCAAAUAUAAAAAUUUCUCAGAAUUUAUUUUAGAUGUGAAAAAUAUGUUUAUAUAUCCUUAUUUGUGUUCUUUGUUGGUGUGAAUUUGAGAGUUUUAGGGAUGUAUUUGAAAAAAUAACAAAGUUUAUGUAAUCCCCACUCUAUAACAAAAAUUUCAUUGCAGUCACAUUCAAGUAUAUAUGUAACAAGUGUGACAAAGAUUAUCCAAAUAAACCACAUUUUCUGAUGAACAAUUGACACAUAUCACCCAAGAAGGUCAGUUGAUAUGAUGAGCAAAUAACAGAGAUCACCAAAAUUGGUAUGUUCACCUUGUCAGUAUAAGUGAAUUUAUAUUUGGUGAUCAUUUAGAAUUUACUCAAAAAUUUUAAGCAGUAAGCAGUAGAAUAAAUUCAACUCCUGUUUCCUCAUUCACACCAAUCUCGUGAUAUUUUAUAGUAUUUUAGUUUUUAAGUCGAAUUAUUUUUUUUGUAUUGUUUUCAGUUUGUUAUGUUUAAUGUAUAUUUUGGAUUCUGUUUUCUAUGUGUAAGUGCCUUUGUCAGCUCACGAGACUUUACCAACUGUCGAUACUAGCUUAUUUGAAAUUUUAUCAAUCGAAGAACUGCAUAACGCUGUGAUUUUGUAUUUUUCUUACACUUCUACCACAACUAUUUAUUAUAAUAAACAUGAAUUUGCUGCAGUAGAUGCUUUUCA